CUCCGCCUCCAUAACAACCGUCCUGACAGGCCGCAAGACCACCCCCAAGCGUCCGCCAUGUGGCGCGACCGCACAAACCUCUACAUCUCCUACCGCCAGUCGUACGCCCACCACCCCAGCCAGCGAUCCAAGUAUGCCGCCGCCGGAGGCUUCUCGGACGCCUACUCCAGUAGCAGCGGCUUCGCCGCGCACGAGGACCGCCGCGGGCUGCUGUCGAGCGGCGCAUUCGAGGACGAUGGCGACGCCGUGAUUGAGAUGGACCUGCUGCCCCCGCGGUGGACCGAUGUGUCGGACGAGAUCACAGAGCUGCUGGCCGAGAUCGCCACCAAGAGCCAGCGGCUCGACAAGCUGCACCAGACGCACGUCCUGCCCGGCUUCGACGACGACGAGGCCAAGAAGACGGAGGAGGUCCAGAUCGAGAGGCUUACGCAGGACAUCACCCGGAGCUUCCACCAGUGCCACCAGCGCAUCCAAAAGGUCGAGCACAUGAUCCGCGAGUCGAAGCAGUCCGGCACCAUGACCAGGGCGGAGGAGACCAUGGCCAAGAACAUACAGAUAUCACUGGCCACAAGAGUCCAGGAAGCAAGCGCAAACUUUCGCAAGAAGCAGAGCGCAUAUCUCAAGAAACUCCGCGGAAUGGGCGGCCUCGGCGCCAUCAGCCCCAUCGACCGCCCGACGUCCCCCAUGCCCGGCUCCUCCUUCAUGGACCCGUCCCUCCAAGAAUCCGACGCCGACCGCUCCUUUUCGCAGUCCACCCUGCAGGUCGCCAUGCAGCAGAAGACGCUGCACUCCAACGACGCCGCCAUCGCCCAGCGCGAGCGCGAGAUCGAGGAGAUUGCGCAGGGCAUCAUCGAGCUGUCCGACCUCUUCCGCGACCUGCAGACCAUGAUCAUCGACCAGGGCACCAUGCUGGAUCGCAUCGACUACAACGUCGAGCGCAUGAAUACCGAGGUCAAGGCUGCUGAUAAGGAGCUCAAGAUUGCCUCGGGAUAUCAGAAGAGGAGUAUCAAGAGGAAGAUUAUUCUCUUGCUAUUGCUGCUGGUUGCGGGCUUAUUCAUUCUGCUUCUCGUCAAGCCGAAGAAGAAUAGGGACUGAGUAGCGUCCCCACGACUGUGGUUCGGCGUGGCGUUUUGACAAGCGGUUGGUGGUCGUUCUGCUUCAGGACGUAUGAUCGUGCCAUCAACAAGGGGAGUGAAUAAUGCUGCCCAGGAACAAACAACAAUGCACCUGGAGUUAUCGGUUUUGAUUAGACUUAAUUACAAGUUUCUGUGUAGAUAUUGUACAAAGGGGCCUCUCCUGCGUGUGCCC